AUGCCUCCUACUGAAAAGGCCAGUCUUCAAGCCUCCGCCUAUUCCUCAACAACGCCUCAAGAUCUUCCUCCGUCAUAUGAAAAUAUCAUCCUCCCGAUACAUACACCGGGCCCAAGCACCCCGUCACUUGCCGUCCCUAUACCAAGUCAGAACGCACUUGAGGCACUGUCGCGGCUUACGGCCAUUGACUUUCCCAAAUACUGCGUCGCCGAAUCGAAAUUGUCCGAGGACUUAGCGACCGUGACGACAACCAAGCCGGAACUGGCACUGACCCAGUAUGCCCUGGUCAAAUUCAUCCACGAGCAAGCUGCCUUGCCGCCGAAGCCGCUCAUGGUGAUCCGUGGGACGCAUGUGAGUGGAUUGGCCGGGUCGGCAAAGUACGGUGAGCCUACGGUGGACUUUGAAUUGAAGAUCAACCUGACGAGCCUACUGGAAAUCGACCAUGGUGCAGGGCUGGACGCGUCGAGGUCAUCAAAUCGCAUCCGUGUGAAACCUCCUGAGCAUUCCUCGUCCUCGUCCUCGCCAAAGCCGGCGAGUGGAAGUCGCUCUGGUCGUGAAAGCACGUUGAGUCCUUUGGAGCAAUGGGUGAAGAAGUUCUGCGAAGACAAAGCCGAGAACAGGAGUUUCACGAUCCGUCGCUCAGCAAACAACCUCCCCACUCCUAUCUUGGAGGGCAUGGUGCGCACUCUGAUCGCGGCGACCAAAUACCGUGGCAAAGUGUCCGUCGAGUUCCCCGUCCAUCACGCCGAUGUCACGGUGCUGCGCCAGUCGGGUAACUGGUUCACCAACAUGUUGCAGCUGUAUCGGACCAAGCGGUACGAUGUGGUUGAGUCGGUCUGGGAUGUUGUCGGUACAAAUGGACGGUCGGCAGGGAAUGGCGCCUUUGCUGGUGAAGGGCGAAGCGACGCCGGCGCGACGUCGCCCCUGGGCGGAGGUGAGGGUUCCUCGACGAGUACCGAGCACAACCGCCGUGUCGCGCUCAUUGCACAGGAGUGGUGGCGUGAGUGGCAGUCCGCCAUCUGGAACGCCGUGCUUGCGAGGAGGCAGGGCUGGGUCACCAUUGAGGAUUGGUUUGAAGCACGCAUGGGCGUCAGAGAAAAGGAGAGGACUCGGGAGUGGGGUAUCGACCACGAACAAUCUACGUGA